AUGCCUGUGAGUGAGAUUUAUACUGGCGUUUGGACAAAUUGGGGCAAAGGCGCGGUGCUCGGGCUCACACUGACUGUUGAGAACAUUUACGGUAUUAUUCUCAUUGCAGGACUUGCACUUAUUGUAAAGUGGGCGGGUGGCCACUUUUGGGGCAUAAUUUGUUUUUCUGCUCAUAAAUGGAGAUCAUCACAGAGCUCUCAAGACGGUCUCCAUUACCAACAUCAAGCCUUAUUGCGAGCGAGAACGUCAGAGGCAGAUUUGCUGUGGCGUAUGUAUGAGAUCGCCUGGGCUUGGAGAUCGAGUGUACCGGCUUCAUUCCGAAGGAGUCUCGUACUGGCUAUACUCGCACUCGUCAACCUAAUUGUCUGGCUCGUUGCCGGUAUCUUCUCAGCCAGUGUCACAGCUACUGGUGGCGAGGGGCUUCUUGUUGGCAAGUGUGGUUGGAUGAGCUUGACCGCAAACAAGGACUUCCCUGAGUGGACCACAGCCGAUUGGGAGGAUGGUGACGCUUUGUUCGUGGCAGCCUAUAAUGGGUAUCGAGACGACAUGACUUACACAACUACCUGCUAUGACACCAGUCGCAAUAACACUGAUGCCAGAUGUACUGUCCCAACAGUUCCGUAUAUUGGAUCCACCUUCAACUACGAUGCACCAUGCCCGUUUACAUCGAGUAUGUGUGCAGGACCGACAAUCGCAAUGGACACUGGUCUGAUCGACUCGGACAUGAAACUUGGCAUCAAUGGCCCUGAACAAGAUCGCCUUCAGCUCCGAAAGGUGACAUCCUGUGUACCAAUUCCAAUCGAAUCAUAUUCCACAGGCUGGACGGAUGAGAUUGUACCUGGCACCGAAAUGUUCAUGCCAAUGAUGAUUCCAAACGAUACAUACAACUACUAUUCGGUAGGAUCAAGUUGGCUUUUCGGUGUGCCAGUCAGCAACUUUACCUUCGUUUACAGUAACUUCUCCGUCAGCACAUCAAAUCUUCCAUACAACUUCAAUGUUCGGACUUACUACCCAAAGAACUUGACUGAGAGUGGCUUCUACCCCAUACCCGAAUUGAACCGUACUGAUGCCGACAUAUCGUUGUUGGUUCUCAACAACCGUGUAGCGUACACAGGUCGUGUCAACGACCCGUUUUUCAGCGCUACGCGUCAAGAGGAAUUCAAUCGGCUAGCAAACUCGUGGAUCUCAAACACCACAAUAACCGGAAUCGCUUGUACCGAACAGUACCAAUUUUGCAACCCUGCGCAGAAAAGUGACAAGCAGGAAGACAAAUGCACAGCGUUGGGCUCUCUCUAUGACUUUGAUCAGGUUAUACCCCCGGCGAGUCUCGAUUUAAACCCGCGCCAGACUGCUACCUACGUCUUGAUGAGCAAAAUGAUCUACGCGUUACGAUUCAACAGUUUUCUGAUGUUCUUGAAGAAUGAGAUCCUUGUUGCAACACGCUUGGUUUAUGGUUCGUUCGGGAUAUCAACACCCCUGCCGGAUGAUCAGUGGCAAACUGAAGUUGCGAAUAUUCAUAACCUGACACUGGCUGGUCUUCAGCUGACUGCGCUUGGCCACGCAGCAACUCCGAAUAUCCAGAUUCGUCCGGGCCUGAAUCUUCAUGAUCAUAUGGUUGCUGAAACUGACCCGGACGCGCAAGCACUGUGCCGCAACCAGCGUGCACGCAACAAUGCAUACAGUUCUUUCAGCAUGCUGGGGAUCAUCAUUAUUCUUGUCUGCAGUCUCCUAAUCAUUCUAGUCGACUAUUUCUUACCUCUUGUUUUCUCACGAAUGAGUCCGGCUUCUCUGCGUGGCAAUGUCGCAGCCCAAGCCUGGGAUGAAGACGAUAUUCUUCAGCUUCAACGUCAAGCUCUAGAAGGUCGUGGUAUCGGACCUUGGAAGACCAGUAGUGGGCAAGUCCCUGUCACCGAUCAGUGGGACCUCAAGUUCAAAAGAGAGCGUGUAUAUAUGGGGUUCCGUGAAGAUGAAGAAACCUCCAAUCCCGCAAUUGUUUCCAGAGAUCUGCUUGAACCGCUUUCAUCUUCACACAACAACUCGACAAUGGAAUUGAAGACUCCUGCAAGCAGCUUCUUGCGAGUUUGA